UACAUGUUCUUAUGAGAAGUAGAGAAGUUAAGCCAAGUUUUUGAAAUAGACGCCAGAUUGCGCCACUUGCAGCCCGAACGUUUGUUUAAUAAUACUAUUUUUGAUUUUAAUCUUCAGUGUAGUGAAGAUUGUUCGUCGUGUGAUUCGCUGUACUGGUGUGAAAGUUUUAUAUGGACUUGCUUGGACUCCAAUUUUAUUUCGGAGUAUUUCAUUUUUAGACAAUUUUGAUUUUAUUAUAUCAUAUGUCACUGAAUGAAAAAAAGCGACAUAAGCAACUUCCAGAUAUCUACUUAUCGGAAGGCAUAUCUAGAAGCAAAUCGUUUGCAGGACUCUCUCACAGACGGACAUAUUCUGUUGAUUUGACAUCUUCUGGGGGAUUUUUUGGACCCAGUUCUACUUUAAGUUCAGCGAGGCAUUACCUCCAUGGUCUUGCUCAUUUAAAGCCAAAGAAGCUUCGUAAAGCACCUCAACCUGAGCAAGCACAAAUAGUCUUUGAUAUCAUAAGCAAAGGAUUGAAGGAUUGCAUUGCUGUGACUCAAAAUGAAAUAUCAAGUUUUAGAAUUGCAUUUGAUAAUGUAUCAGUGUCUUCUCUUCAAUCUCAAGGCAGACUGUAUGAAUUAGAGAAGCAAGUGAAAGCACAUGAAAGAUAUUUGAAGAGCCUAGAGUUUCAUCUUGCAAAGCUUGAAGAAGUAAAGGAGCAGUAUGAUGUGCAACAGAGAAUGCGAGUUGGAAUUCGUAGCAUGGGUCAUGCCUUUGUUUUAUCUCCUGGUAAAGAAAAAGAGACUGCCUUACAAAGCAUAAAAGCUGAAUUCAAAGAGUGUACAGAAGUUAUGUGUACAUAUGAAAACCACUUGGAAUUACUUAUGGGAACAUUGCAGUUUGAAAUGAAAGGUAUCCAAGGUUUUGCUAGAAUUUGUUCUGGUGAUGUAUUUGAAGUUGUUCUUAAGCAUGGAGAUCAGAAAUGGAAGACUCGUGGCAGAGUUGCGAGAAAUGGAGAGCAGUUGUGGGAGAACAAAUAUGUUUUAUUUAAAUCUCUUUUUAAUGAACCCCUUUGUAUAAAGGCUGUUGAAGUGAGAGGAUUGGGGAAAAACAUUUUGUUAGGAAAUAAAUUCUGUGAAACCCGAGAUUUAUUUAGUCCUCAUCCUCAGCAAAUGACUAUUAAUCUAAAUCAGUCUGGAUCAUUGAAGCUAAACCUUGUAAUAACAUGGAAUUCUAUUUCUGCAUCAGCAGAAAAAAUAUGUGUACCUGUACCUCCUUCAGCCGGGAUGCCUUAUUCUUGUGAUCGUCAUAAUAUUAGCCAGUCAUCAAUACAUGAAGUAGAAAAUCUCAGCGAGCUUUCAUUAUCAGAAAAAGAGGGCACACAGCAUAAUGCUAAUUUCUGUGAUAUUGGACAAAGUUGUAGUAGCGAAAGUACAAGUGCUUCUGCCCAAAGUUCAGCAUUUACAAGUCCUGAUGUGGAAGCCACCUUUAAAUAUUGCCCUUGUAGUAACUGUGAUUUCAUUCCUUGUCCAAGUGAAGAAAACUCAGAGAGUCACAGUGUUUCAUCUUCGGACUCUCAUGCUUCUGGCUCUAAUUUAAAAGACAUACUUAAAAGCAUAUCUUUAAUACUGGAUGAUAAUUUAGAAUCUUAUCCUGAAGUGAAUGAAUUUUCCCAAGUGUUAAAAAGCAUUAACAGAUUUUUAAAGGGGGAAAAUGACAGUACAUCUGGUUCAAGUAUUAGUAUUUCCAUUGAAAGUGCUCUUGGUUGUUUUGAUUUCUUAAACACUGCAAUUGAAAGUGAAGAAUUUGAAAAUGCAAAUGACAGAAUUUCAGAGGACAACAAUAUAAAGCCAUGUGAUCAAAAUAGUGCAUCAGAUAUCCACAUACUGCCUUUCAAUAAAGAAAACUGUAGAAGCAAUUUGGAUUUAACAUCUUUUAAUGUUUCAUCAGGCAAUGAACAAAUUGAUGUGGUUUUGACAGAACAUUUGGUAUAUUGUUCAAAAUUGAUUUCAUCUCUUAAUGCUAGCCAACAUAUGAAGCUUAUUGAAAAUUAUAAUUUGAAGAAAUUAAAAAAGCAAAACUCAUGUCUGGUAGAUCUUUUAAAAGUUUUGAAAAUGGCUACUUCUGUCACUUUAGAUGACUUCUUUGAAGAAAGUGAUGUAGAUGUUCAAAAACUCUGGAGGACUGUGGCUGGAAAAAUGUUAUAUUGUGUAUCAGAAAAUUUCUGUGCUGAAAUGGAAAAAGUCAUUACAAAAAAGGCCGUUCUAGAUGGUUAUAUGGCUUCUGUAGUAUCUCAUCAUUUAGUUUGUGAAAUUUUGGAUUCUGGUCACUUUGAUUCAACAUCUCGCAUUUCUGUUUUGCACUUCAAAGCAUUCUUUUCUAGCUCUCAAAGCCCAGAUUCAGUUCUUUUAGAGUUUGUAGCAGAUGCUAUGGCAGCUGAAGAUUUAAAAUGCCGUGAUGUUCAAAAGGCAUUUGCUGCAGUAUCAGUUUUAUCAAAAAUUGUUCCAUCAUCUCAUUCCUUGUACCUGAUCGGUAGUCUACUUAUUGAAACUAAUACUGAACUUCAAAAUAUAGCUGGUUGUUACUUGAAAUCUGUAUGUUCCAAGGAGGAUUUAAAAGAAAAGGUAAUUUUGAAGUAUCUGAGAAUGCUUUAUUCAGAGACUCCUACUGUUAGACUUGUAUCUUGUGUGGCAUUAGAGAUGUUGCAAGCAAAACAUUUCUCUGAACAACUUUCGUAUGUAGCUGAUAAUGACAAUGAUGCUUGUGUUCGAGAAGCUGCUAAUAAUGCUCUGUGCAAGUUUGAAAAGAUGGCAGUUCAAGAUAGUGUUUGACUUGCAUUGAUAGAAACUUACAGAAAGGUACCAAAAUAAAAAGGGGUAAAAAUAAGCAAAUGAUGCUGUUGAAGAAUUUGUUUGAUGGUACUUUCAAGACAACUAGUAAUAUUGAGUGCAGCUUUUUAAAUAUAUUAUCAAGCUGUGCAUCAAAGAAGAAACUUUUAAAGUAUUCUAAAUUCUGGUCAUACUCAAUGUUACACGCAUUUGCUUAAGUUGAGAAAUUAGAGAAUACGUGUAAAUAUAUUUCUAACUUGUGCUGCAUAUGAGAGCUUAUAUUUUGUCUUUGUUCUCAAACUGAAUAUUAUAUUUUAUCAUUAUGCCAAAGAUAUUUCUUUACAUAAAAGUCAUUUUAUAUUUCCUAAGUGAAUGUCAUCUGUAGUAUAUCAGCAGCUUUAGCUACUUGUUUUCCUAUUUUAUAACUGUUUUAAACCUUUGUUUCAUGUCAUAAUUUUUUAAAUUUUGUUAUUAGUGACUGUGUACAGGGUUUAACUUGUUAUUGAAUUUCAGUAACUCAAGCAAAGAAUCCCAGCUUACCUUCUGUGCAUAUAUUUGUUGAUUACAAAACUACCUGUUACCUGCUAGUGCAUUGCUUUUCCAUUAGUGGCCAUAUUUUGAUAUACCAAAGAUAUUUUUGUUGUUAGUUGGUAAUUAUUUACAGCAGUUUACCUGAUUUUGUUUGAUGAAAAUAUUUUUACUUACCAUUUGUUAUUUUGAUGCCAAAUAUGCAUUCCUUUUGUAAGAAUUUCAUGUUACUUCAAAAUAUAUAAUACUGUAUUUUACAUAGUUGAAUUGUAAUAAAUAUUAAAAAAAAAAAGAGAGAAAAGAAAGAGUAAAGAAGCAUGGUAUCUUAGUAUCAUUCAUUUUCUCCCCAUCCCUCUUGCUGCUGUUUGCUACUGUCUUAAGUACCAAAAUACUGCCAGUACAAUCAUUGCAAGAAGUCCUUAUAUGACCUUAACAUACUUAACAGAGAAGUUAUUAGCUAUAAAAAGUGAAAACUUUUAAUUUGAAUUCAAGUGGAAGUUUCAUGGAAAACUGAAUUGUUAAUAAUUUCGAAGUCAUCAAAACUACUAACUUUUUAAGUAACUGGGGACCUCACUUUUUUACUACACAAAAAGAAAAUAUUUGUGUGUAAAAAUCACAAUAUUCAUUCCACAUCACAAUAAAUUUAGGUAUGUAAUUCGUUAGAAAGUGCUAGCACUAAUUCCUGGUGUGCUAGAACAUGCAUUAAUUUGUGGUGGAAAUUUUUAUGGCAAGGUCAAUUAACUGAUUAAUUUGUAUAUUCUAUGAUAAUUACAUUCUAAUUGCUUUGAAUUUUUAUUAGCAAAUGUCAAAAUGAAGAAAGUAUGCAUUUCUGGAUAUGUAUUAUAAUUCAUAAAGGUGAGGACAAAUAAUAAUGUAAUUCGUUAGAAACUGCUAGCACUAAUUCUUAGUGUGCUAAAACACGCAUUUGUUUGUGGUCAAAAUUUUUAUGGCAAGGUCGAUUAACUGAUUAAUUUGUAUAUUCUAUGAUAAUUAAAUUCUAAUUACUUUGAAUUUUUAUUAGCAAAUGUCAAAAUGAAGAAAGUAUGCAUUUCUGGAUAUGUAUUAUAACUCAUAAAGGCGAGAGACAAACGAUGCAGCACUUUUGUUUUUAAAGACAUUUUCUGUAAUUUUUAUCAGCAGAAUUUUUUUUGCUUGCAAGUAAUGUAAUCAUCUAUGAUAUAGAUGAGAUGUAAAUAUUUGAAGUUUUGGCAAAAAAUGCACUAAAUUGUACUUAAUUUUAAAAACUGGUAUUUAUAUGAAAUUUUGCAAAAUUAAAGCAGUUUUUUUUUCCAU